UGGGAGCACAGGCAGAGGGAGAAGCAGAAGCGACCCGGGAGGAGUGGAGAGGUGCGGCUGGAAGCAGCAUGGCCGUCAAAGGUGCAGGCUUGGAGCCCACGCUGAGCAUGGAUCCCGACCCCCACGAGGACACCGUGCGGCGGCUGCGCGAGGCCUUCAGCUCCGGGAAGACGCGGCCGGCCGAGUUCCGGGCGGCGCAGCUCCAGGCGCUGGGCCGCUUGCUGAGCGAGCGCAAGCAGCAGCUGCAGGACGCGCUGGCCCGGGACCUGCACAAGUCCGCCUUCGAGUCAGACAUGAGUGAGAUCAUCUUGUGCCAGAAUGAGGUGAACCUGGCCCUUAAGAACCUGCACACCUGGAUGAAGGAUGAACCAGCAGCCACCAAUUUGUUCACAAAGAUGGGCUCAGCUUUCACCCGGAAGGAGCCCUUUGGCCUGGUACUCAUCAUCUCGCCCUGGAACUACCCGGUGAACCUGUCCCUGAUGCCCCUGGUGGGAGCCAUCGCUGCAGGGAACUGUGUGAUACUGAAGCCAUCAGAAAUAAGCAAGGGCACAGAGAAGGUGCUGGCUGAGCUGCUGCCCCAGUACCUAGAUCAGAGUUGCUUUGCCAUGGUGCUGGGUGGACCUCAGGAGACUGGGAAGCUUCUGGAACACAAAUUUGACCAUAUCUUCUUCACGGGGAGCCCUCGUGUAGGUAAGAUCAUCAUGGCUGCCGCUGCCAAGCACCUCACACCUGUGACCCUGGAACUGGGGGGAAAGAACCCCUGCUAUGUGGAUGACGACUGUGACCCCCAGACUGUGGCCAACCGCGUGGCCUGGUUCCGCUACUUUAACACCGGCCAGACCUGCGUGGCCCCCGAUUAUGUCCUGUGCAGCCCUGAGAUGCAGGAGCGGCUGCUGCCCGCCCUGCAGAGUGCCAUCACCCGCUUCUAUGGCGAUGACCCCCAGACCUCCCCCAACCUGGGUCGCAUCAUUAACCAGAAACAUUUCAAGCGGCUUCAGGGACUGCUGGGCUGUGGCCGCGUGGCCAUCGGUGGCCAGACUGACGAGCGUGACUGCUACAUCGCGCCCACGGUGCUGGUGGACGUGCAGGAGACGGAGCCCGUGAUGCAGGAGGAGAUCUUCGGGCCCAUCCUGCCCCUGGUGACCGUGAGGAGCCUGGACGAGGCCAUCAACUUCAUCAACCGCCGGGAGAAGCCGCUGGCACUGUACGCCUUCUCCAACAGCAGCCAGGUGGUGAAUCACGUGCUUGAAUGCACAAGCAGUGGUGGCUUCGGAGGCAACGACGGCUUCCUCUACCUGACGCUGCCGUCCCUGCCCUUUGGGGGAGUUGGCAACAGUGGGAUGGGCAGAUACCAUGGAAAGUUCUCCUUCGACACCUUCUCCCACCACCGUGCCUGCCUGCUGCGCAGUUCCGGGAUGGAGAAACUCAAUGAGAUCCGCUACCCACCCUAUGGCCCCUGGAGUGAGCAGCUGAUAAGCUGGGCCAUGGGCUCCCAGAGCUGUACCCUCCUGUGAGCACAACACUGAUGCCAGUGCUGCCCAGCUCUUCUUUCCUGCUGCCUGGCACACACUGGACUGCCAGCUGCUCCCAUUGUUCAGUGGUUUCCCCAAAUGGCUGAUGUUUGGCCCAGUAUGUAAAGAUCUCACUCCUGGAAGUUUCUCUCAGCAGAGAGGCAGGGCCUCUUAAGUGGCCAGCCCGGUCUCUUCACAUACCACAGUCCCCUCUGCAGCCUCCUGACCCUCUGCUCAGAUAUGUGUGGUGACAGAGGUCCCCGCUGAGCAGAUUGGCUAAAGAGGACUUCAUUCUUCAGAUUUAGAAACAGGCUCAGGUAUUUAUAAACAGGAUCAGAUUUAUAAACAGGAUCUGAAAAGACA